CCCCAGAGGCAAUGCCAACUCUCCUCUCUGCCGCCAUCCUCUUGGUGCUGCUGGCCACAGGCUGCUGGACUUCUGAAGCCACCCCUGGAGUCGGUUGCCACCUCCAUCCUUUCAGCGUGACCAUCAAGAGUGACCCCCGAGGGAGCUGCCGCAGCAGGCAAACGGUCCAGGCCUGCGUGGGCUACUGCGAAUCCAGCGCCUUCCCCUCCAAGUACUCCGUCCUCCUGGCCAGCAACUUCAAGCACAACGUCACGUCCGUCUCCCAGUGCUGCACCAUCGCAAAGAUGCAGAAGAUAAAGGUGCAUCUGCGUUGUGGGGGCACCCGGCCCGAGACCAUAGAAGUCUUCACAGCAAAGACUUGCCAGUGUGACGUGUGCCGCCUCUCCAGAUACUAGGGAGUCGGCGGUAGCCAUUCCUGCUUGCGGCCUUUCUAUGCUAUCAAUUGCCGGCUCUCACUACCCUGGCCUCCCCCUUCCCCUCUCCCAACCAGGGUUUGCUUAAUUCAAGGAUGUAGCCCAGGG